AUGCUCUCCAAACGUGCCACCCUCAGCGCCUCCGACCUCGACAUACCCUGGCGAUAUGUCGACCCAGGCCCGCAAGGACGCUACGAUCCUGAUACAAAUUCCUCAGGCGUCAUAACGCAGUUCACAAGCGCAGAGAAUUAUCUUGUGCAGAAGGAGGUAACUGAAUACGUCAAAGCAAAUGUCGAGAUCCAUGAGCAGGUCUUGGGCUACAUCUACAGCACUGCUGGUGGUAAAGAGCUUCCUGCGGCGCUAGCGGCGCACUUGAACGAGUAUUGGAAGCCAUGGAAGCCACUGAGUGGAGAGAAUAUCAGGAUAACUGGGGCGGCGACGGCGUUGCACGAGAUCUUGGGGUUUAGUAUUGCGGAUCCAGGACAAGGAAUCAUGACCAGCAGGCCUUAUUAUGGCCGCUUCGAGCUGGACUUUGGAAUGAAGGCUGGACUGAGGAUUGUUGCUGCGGAUACACCAGUGGAGACAUGUCUCCAACCUGGUGUCAUCGAUGCCUUUGAAGAAACGUUGCGGAAGGCGAAGGCUGAGGGCAUCGAAGUCAGGGCGCUGCUCAUCGUCAAUCCGCACAAUCCUCUAGGUCGAUGCUAUCCCAAAGAGACUCUUAUCGGACUCAUGCGCUUUUGCCAGAAACACAAUAUCCACCUCAUCAGCGACGAGAUCUAUUCUUUCUCAGGAUUCGACUCUACCGAGCCUGGCACGACUUGCUUCACUUCGGUGCUCUCGCUCGAACCACAGAUAGAUGAAGGCCUACUGCACGUAAUCUAUGGUAUGGCCAAAGACUAUGCCGUCCCGGGUCUGCGCCUCGGAGCGCUCAUCACACGCAGCGGACCACUUCUCAGGGCGGUGAAGUCUCUGAUUCGUUUCCAUAACCCCUCGGGUCCCUCGGUUGCCAUUGCGACGGCCAUGUUGUACGAUCGUACUUGGAUGCGUUCGUUUAUAAAGAUGAACCGGGAGCGAGUGGGCGAGGCGUACAAGUACUUUACUGAACGCCUUUCGCGGAUGGGCGUGAGGCAUCUAUCUCAUGUCAACGCUGGGCUUUUUGGGUUCGUUGACCUAUCGCCGUGGUUGAGUGAGGAUGUGGGGCAGGGAAAGGCGGCGCGGGAGCAAGAGUUGGCACAAUGUGCGCUGGAUGAAGGGUUGUUCCUGCAACCGGGCGAAGAGCAUGCGUUCGAGGCGGGUUGGUUUAGGUUGGUCUAUACGGUGGAGAGGAGGGUGAUGGACGAGGGACUGAGAAGUUAA